GCAGGUUCUGGAGCGAAAUCAGAGAGGGGGAGCAGAGGCGCACGGUACCACAGCCAGGACCACUUUGGAGCUUCUGCACGGCGACAGGAGAACCACUCUAGCGCCUCAGUGUUCCGCGUCCACGCAGAGCAAGACGCGCAAAGAGUGGAGCGAAGAGACGCGCGGCGAUGACACGCCAGUAACAAGGCGCACUUUUCUCAGUCGGAACGCGAGCGGAUCCACCGUGUAUACGUCCAAGAUGAGCAAAGAGGCGACGAGGCUGCCCCGCUACGCGGUGCCGCUGCUGCUGCUCGCCCUGUGCGCCGCCGUGCAGCGGACAGACUCUGCGGCUUGCCAUGGGUGUGCAGGAUCCAAAUGUGACUGUAGUGGAGUCAAAGGAGAUAAGGGUGAGAGGGGUUUUCCAGGUCUCACCGGACAACCAGGAGUGCCGGGAUUCCCGGGACCGGAAGGGCCAAUCGGACCCCGAGGAGAGAAGGGUAGUGAUGGACCUAUGGGUUUAGGUGGCCCAAAAGGAAUAAGAGGACCUGCCGGAUUGCCAGGAUUUCCAGGAACACCAGGACUUCCAGGUCUGCCGGGGCAGGACGGAGCUCCAGGCCCAAGAGGAACGCCAGGAUGCAAUGGGACUAAAGGUGAAAUAGGCUACCCGGGAACAUCUGGAAUCCCAGGACAACAAGGACUGUCGGGUCCACCUGGUCUUCCUGGACAGAAGGGCGAUCCCGGUGACGUGAUCUCGACAAAUCGCUUUGGGGAGAAAGGAGCUGUGGGAUUUCCUGGACUGCCAGGAGUUCCUGGUCCUCCAGGGCCUGCCGGCUACCAAGGUCCAACUGGCCCUCCAGGACCGAGAGGCUUUGAGGGUCGACCUGGCCCUCCCGGUCCUCCUGGACCUAAGGGAAACAUGGGACUGAACUUCCAAGGCCCCAAAGGAGAGAAGGGCGAUGGUGGUUUACCGGGACCUGCUGGGCCGCCGGGACAGGUUGGGGAACAGAAGAGGCCAACCGAGACAGAGAUUCAGAGAGGCGACAAGGGUGACCCAGGAAUUCCGGGCUCCCCAGGUGAUCCCGGCUAUCCAGGUCCUCCUGGUACCCCUGGUGGCCAGAAAGGAGAAAAGGGAGAACCGGGAGAGGCAGGCAAACGUGGCAAACCAGGAAAAGACGGCGACCCUGGUCCACCAGGCUUCCUUGGUCUCAAAGGAGACUCAGGCAUUCCGGGUUCCCCAGGCAGGGAUGGAGAGAGAGGCAUGAAAGGAGAACGUGGAUUCCCCGGUGCUCCAGGAUUGGUGAUUAGCGGGCAGACAGGAGCACAAGUGGGUCCAAAAGGCGAGCCCGGGUUCCCCGGAUCACCUGGCGGCAAAGGAGACAGAGGAUCAACAGGUUUACCAGGACCUCCAGGAGCAGCAGGAAUUCCAGGUGGUGGUGGUGGUGGUAUACCGGGACAGCCAGGCUUCCCAGGAGACAGAGGUCAAAAGGGAGACACGGGCAGUCCAGGGAUCUCUCUUCCAGGAACUCCGGGUCGCCCUGGACCCCCCGGGGCGCAGGGUCUACCAGGGCCCCCUGGACCUCAAGGCUUUUCCACCGGUGGGCAGAACUGUCUCCCUGGUAAUCCUGGACGUGACGGCCUUCCGGGAGACAGAGGUUACCCAGGAGAGUCGGGCCAGAAAGGUGAAAAGGGAGACACCUGUGUCAACUGCAGGAGUGGUACAACCGGUAUCCCCGGACCCCCGGGUCCUGCUGGACAACCAGGUUACCCAGGAAAUCCUGGUACCCCAGGUGUUAAAGGAGAAAGCGGAUUCCCUGGUUCAUCUGGCGGAAAUGGGCCACCCGGUGUGCCCGGUCCUAUAGGUCCUCCAGGAUUCCCAGGAGAGAAGGGAGAGCCAGGCGAAGCCAUCUCUGGAGGCGGUGCCAGGGGUGAGAAGGGUGACACUGGAUUUCCUGGUCCACCUGGUCUUCCAGGUCUGGAUGGACGGCCCGGUCGCGAUGGGCAGCCCGGUCUUCCGGGGCCCAAAGGAGCUCCUGGACCUUUCGACGGGAGAGGAGAGCGAGGGAUCCCUGGUGAUUCAGGUCCCCCUGGGAUCCCAGGAGAUCGAGGCCCUCCAGGUUCCCCCGGCUUUGGACCCCCCGGAGCAUCUGGAGAAAAAGGUAUCCAGGGUGUCUCUGGAAGACCUGGAUCUCCUGGUAUACCUGGUGCCAAAGGUGAGCCAGGUUUGUCAGUGGCAGAAAAAGGGCAAUCGGGACCCAGAGGUCUGGACGGGGAGCCGGGACUUCCUGGUGGACCAGGAAACCCAGGUCAGCCUGGUCAACCUGGUUUCCCUGGAUUACCAGGAGCCAAGGGUGACCCUGGACUGCCCGGUAUUGGACUUCCUGGGCCCCCUGGACCUAAAGGAUUUUCUGGUACCCCCGGACAACCAGGAGCUCCGGGAGGAGCUGGUAGACCAGGGGUAGAUGGCCUUCCAGGCCAACCUGGAUUUCCUGGACCAAAGGGUGAACCAGGCUUCGGCUUACCAGGGCCUCCAGGUUUACCAGGUGUACCUGGAGCUAAAGGUUUCACCGGACCCAAGGGAGAUCCUGGUUUCCCUGGCGGGCCUGGCUCACCAGGGCGAUCUGGAUUUGAUGGCGUACCAGGACCUAAAGGUGAAGCAGGAACAUCCGGUCUCCCCGGACCUCGUGGCCCACCAGGACCCCCGACAGCAGGCUCACGUGGGCCUCAAGGGCCUCCUGGACUCCCAGGGCCAAUGGGUCCACCUGGAUACCCUGGAGCGAAUGGAGCAAAAGGAGACCCAGGGACCCCAGGUUUAGAUAUUCCUGGAUUGCCAGGAGAUAGAGGAAGUCCUGGUUUCCCUGGUUCCCCAGGACCAAUUGGAACCCCGGGACCCCCUGGAGGACCUGGAAGGGAUGGCCUUCCUGGGCUGCCAGGUACCAAAGGAGACAUGGGUCCCAUUGGAUCUCCUGGACCAGCUGGAGGACCCGGGGGUCCUGGGGGACCCGGCGCUUCUGGUCAGAAAGGUGAGUCUGGAUUCCCUGGUAGGGAUGGCGUUCCUGGCUCGACUGGAGCAAAAGGAGAAAGGGGUGAUCCUGGUCUACCAGGACCUCCUGGAUACAGUCCACCAGAUCUGAGGACAAAGGGUGAUAAAGGAGAACCGGGACUACCAGGAGCACCAGGUUUUCCAGGCCAAAAGGGCAUCACUGGUAUCAACGGUGACCCUGGACUUCCAGGAUCAGAUGGACGCCCUGGACUUCCUGGACCAUCAGGACCAAAAGGAGAUCCUGGCAUUCCAGGUGGACCUGGCGGUCCUGGAGCUCCUGGACAAAAAGGCAGCAUGGGAGAAAUGGGAUUUCCAGGACCGUCAGGGCAGAAGGGUUUGCCGGGCCUAUCAGGUCGACCCGGAACUCCAGGCCAACCUGGAGUGCCCGGUUUUCCAGGAGCCAAAGGUGAACCUGGCUCUGCUGGGGUUGGACCCCCUGGACCACUAGGAAUCAAGGGCGAUCCAGGCCAGUCAGGUUUUCCUGGAAGUCCAGGGCCUAAAGGGACUUCAGGAUUACCAGGUCUUCCAGGACUACCUGGAGGACCGGGUGCCAAAGGUGAUCUAGGUCCACCAGGAUUCCAAGGAUCUCCUGGUAUUCCCGGUCCAAAGGGUCUUGACGGUGGGCCCGGUGGCCCAGGCUUAACUGGAGCGCCUGGCCGACCAGGAGAGCCUGGCCGAUCAGGUGCACCAGGAUUUCCAGGAGAUAAGGGUCAACCGGGUCGGGACGGGAUCCCUGGGCCGGCUGGCGUCAAAGGAGAGCCAGGGCUUCCAGGCUAUGGUGAACCAGGACCCUCUGGACUUCCAGGACUGCCGGGUGCCAAGGGAGACCCCGGUCCCACAGGCCCACCCGGCAGUCCCGGUUUCCCCGGUUCAAAAGGCGACGGUGGCUUCCCCGGCCUGCCAGGCUCUCCGGGGCCCAUCGGCCCUCCUGGACCUCCAGGUCUAGCUCUCCAGGGUCCUAAAGGCUUACAAGGACCCCCUGGACCACCAGGAAGAGCAGGUGUGCCUGGCCCUCAAGGAAGUCGUGGUCCGCCAGGAAGUGGUGGCGUUAGGGGAGAGAAAGGUAUUCCCGGUGCUGCUGGUCAGCCAGGCUUCCCUGGACAGAAAGGAGACCCUGGCGUUCCAGGAUUCUCAGGUGCACCCGGCUCUCCUGGUGGUCCUGGCGCAAAGGGAGACAUCGGUCUGCCCGGCGUUCCCGGAUUCCCAGGACCAAAAGGAGACUCAGGACUUCCCGGUGGCUCUGGCCUUCCUGGUGACCCUGGAGAUGUGGGACCGCCAGGCCUUCCGGGUGACCCUGGUGUUCCUCAGCCCCCCAUUGUGAUUAAAGGAGACCGUGGACCCCCUGGUUCUCAGGGCCAGCCGGGUGGUGGAGGGCUUCCGGGCUCUCCUGGACGUGAUGGCCUCCCAGGUCAGCCAGGUGACUCGGGAGAUCCUGGUCCAGAGGGUCCCCCUGGAUUCAGCGGCCCCCCUGGAAGGAAGGGAGACAACGGACCUGCUGGUCAGCCUGGUCAGCGCGGCUAUCCGGGUCCUCCCGGUUCUGACGGCCCACAGGGUGCUCCCGGUCUUCCUGGCACGGGCUCGGCGUCCCACGGCUUCCUCAUCACCCGACACAGCCAGAUUCAGGAAGUGCCGCUGUGUCCGGUCGGAACCAACCUCAUAUACGACGGCUACUCCCUACUCUACGUGCAGGGCAACGAGCGGGCGCACGGGCAGGACCUCGGAACGGCGGGCAGCUGUCUGCGCCGCUUCAGCACCAUGCCCUUCAUGUUCUGCAACAUCAACAACGUGUGUAACUUUGCCUCCCGUAACGACUAUUCCUAUUGGCUGUCCACGCCCCAACCCAUGCCCAUGUCCAUGGCUCCCAUCACCGGCGAGAGCAUCAAGCCUUUCAUCAGCCGAUGCUCGGUAUGCGAAGCUCCCGCCAUGGUGAUCGCAGUCCACAGCCAAACCAUCCAGAUUCCAAACUGCCCCGCCAACUGGGAGGCUCUGUGGAUCGGUUACUCCUUCAUGAUGCACACUAGCGCCGGCGCCGAGGGCUCCGGCCAGGCCUUGGCCUCCCCCGGCUCUUGUCUGGAGGAGUUCCGCAGCGCCCCCUUCAUCGAGUGCCACGGCAGGGGCACGUGCAACUACUACGGAAACUCUUACAGCUUCUGGUUGGCCACAGUGGAUGAAAGCGAGAUGUUCAGCAAGCCCCAGUCGGAGACACUGAAGGCGGGCAACCUGCGGACACGCGUCAGCCGUUGCGUGGUCUGCAUGAAGAGGACGUAACGGCGCACAGCAACCAUCGCACCACCUGCAUCCGAAUUCGGGCUGAUCGCACGGCGGAACUGGUGGAAUUCCAUUGGUGCAUUGUCUUCAAGUAAAAACAAUGGUGCUACUGUGCAACACAGCUUAAAAAAAAAAAAAAAAAAAAACUGACAUAAAUCUCCUUUUUUUUUUUUGCUUUGUUUUUCCUAAGAAGUACCUCAAAAAAAAAAAGCAGAGGAAAAAUAUUCACAAAACGGUGCCAUGAUGAAUGCGUGACAGCAAACAUGCAUUUUUCACUCCCCCCCCCCCCUCCCCUCUCCACUUUGAACGUGACCCAGGUGUUCUUCCUUUUCUACACAUGCUCUUUUUCUUGUUUUCUUUUCUUCUUAACGAGGAGGGUGCGGAUGAAGCUCUCCGUGGUAACCAAACGGGCACUUUGACUUCGGGACAUCCAAGAUGCGAGAUGCACUGACUAGGAGCUUUCCUUUUGUGAGACUGACUUGGCUUUGACCACUUUUUUUUUUUUUUUUCUCGUCUUGCUCUUCCCUUCUUAUUUCUAUACGUCCGUCGUGACACGUGGUGGUACUUACUAACCCUGCUGCAAACACGCCUGCUAACUCCGCCUUCUUUCUUUUGUAAGUAAUAAAAUGUGUAUAUUGUGUAAAACACCUUUUAUUAUUAGCGUCUUAGGUCUUGAAUUGGUAACGAGCAUUUUUGCAGGUUUAGUUUGCUUACUCACGCACGCAACACACACACACAUAUUGUACAAAGUAAGGCUUUUAUGAAUGAAAACAGUAUUUUAUAUAUAAUAAAUAUAUAUUUCUUAAAAAAAAAAAAGAGGAUACUUGGCAGUGGGUGUUUUAAGGUUAUUCAGUUCACCAAAAGACAAACUACUGAGCACAGUCAAAGCCAUUUCCCUGCAACAAGUGUGUACGAUAUUAAAAUCACUUAACCUUUUGUACUCAAUUUGUAGAAUUAAUAAUAAAGCGGAAUUAAGGGGAGUUUUAAGAUGGUCUGAUGAUCGGGGAAACGUUUCACAGGAUUUUAAUUAAAUCAUGGCUUCUUGUUACGAAAACCAUGUCAUGUUGUGUUGUUUCUUCAUUUGUUUUAGUUUUUUUUUUUUUACAUUUCCAGGUGUUGGGCUUUGCUGUAAAAUGUGAGCCUGAAUUCCUGCACCAAAAAUCUCCAAAUUUCACACUCGAUUUAACGUGUAGGAGUCUCUAAUUUUACUGUGACUUUGUGAGAUGUUCUUUGGGUCAAGCUGGGGUGCAAUUGUAAUUUUUUUUUUUUUUUUAAAGUUCCUGUUCUGGUAUUUCGAAGUUGUUAUAAGCGAAAGACUGAAAUAAACACAAUGACCAAAA